UUAUCAGGUAACCAAAACAAAGCAGUCCGACACUGAAAAGUUCCCAAGUGUCAAAGACUCUACACUCCAAAGUCCUAGCUAAGCAAGAAAGAUCAAGAAAGUUGUCAAUGGCCAUCCCAGUUCCUAGCCGACUUCUGUUCAUCGAUGGUCAAUGGAGAGAGCCCGUGAAGAAGAAUCGCAUCCCGAUAAUCAACCCCUCUACUGAAGCAAUCAUUGGGGAUAUUCCGGCAGCUACGGCGGAAGAUAUAGACAUUGCGGUGGAAGCUGCGAGGAGGGCGCUUAUUAGGAAUGGGGGAAAAGACUGGGCCGCUGCAUCUGGAGCACAUCGCGCAAAAUUUCUGCGUGCUAUUGCGGCAAAGAUAACUGAACGGAAGUCUGAACUAGCAAAGCUUGAAGCACUUGAUUGUGGGAAGCCCCUGGAAGAAGCAGCCUGGGAUAUAGAUGAUGUUGCCGGGUGUUUUGAGUACCAUGCGGACCUUGCUGAAACUUUAGAUUCAAGGCAAAAGGCUCCUAUUUCUCUUCCUGCGGAAACAUUUAAGGGUUAUCUGCUAAUGGAUCCCAUUGGGGUGGUUGGGUUGAUUACACCAUGGAAUUACCCCUUACUGAUGGCUACAUGGAAAGUUGCUCCUGCUCUGGCUGCUGGUUGUGCUGCAAUUCUUAAGCCAUCUGAAUUAGCUUCUGUAUCCUGCUUGGAGUUAGCUGAUAUCUGUAUUGAGGUUGGUCUUCCACCUGGCAUACUUAACAUUGUCACUGGACUAGGGCCAGAAGCUGGUGCUCCUUUGGCAUCUCAUCCCCAUGUUGACAAGAUAGCAUUCACUGGAAGUAGUGCUACGGGGAGUAAAAUAAUGUCAGCUGCUGCUCAACUCGUUAAGCCUGUUUCACUUGAACUAGGUGGAAAAAGUCCGAUAGUUGUGUUUGAGGAUGUUGACCUGGACAAAGCUGCUGAGUGGACAUUGUUUGGUUGCUUUUGGACAAAUGGCCAGAUCUGUAGCGCAACAUCUCGCCUUAUAAUCCAUGAAAACAUUGCAAGAGAAUUUUUGGACAAGCUUGUGGCAUGGUGCCGAAACAUCAAAAUCUCAGACCCCUUAGAGGAUGGUUGUAGGCUUGGCCCUGUUGUAAGCAGUGGACAGUAUGAGAAAGUAAUGAGUUUCAUAUCAACUGCUAAGAGUGAAGGAGCAACAAUUUUAUGUGGCGGGAAACGUCCAGAGAAUUUAGAAAAAGGUUUCUUUGUCAAACCAACCAUCAUCACGGAUGUAAAAACAUCUAUGCAAAUCUGGAGAGAAGAAGUAUUUGGACCUGUUUUGUGUGUCAAGACAUUUGCAACAGAAGAGGAAGCCAUUGAAUUAGCAAAUGACACCCAUUAUGGUUUGGCUGCGGCUGUGCUAUCCGAAGAUUUGGAAAGAUGUGAGCGCUUGACAAAGGCUUUUCAGUGUGGGAUUGUUUGGGUAAACUGUUCUCAGCCAUGCUUCUGUCAAGCUCCUUGGGGUGGUAAAAAACGUAGUGGUUUUGGUCGUGAAUUAGGGGAAAGGGGACUCGACAACUACUUGAAUGUGAAGCAGGUGACACAGUAUGUUUCCAGUGAUCCAUGGGGUUGGUACAAGUCUCCUUCCAAGCUAUAAAGUUCUUUUGUGAUUGUACUACUUCAAGGAGCAAGGGAAAAAUGCCAUUUGGAAUGUCUGGAGCAAGGGAAACAAGGCAUUAGAAUGCCUGGUACCGUAUAAAUCAUGAUUACCUCACUGGACUCUUACUUGUUUGCAUUGUGGUUAAAACAUUCUCUAAAAUGUUAGAUUGGCAACAAGUCGAAGCAGGACAGUGACAAAAUAUUUAUCGGAAUAAAAUUUGCUGGUUGGAAGUAGCGCCUGUUUGGUAGCAAAUCUUUCAAUCCCAUUUAGGCAAACUGUUGCUUAUUGACAUAUAUCUCUUUAUUUA